CCAGACAGAUGAAGAAGGGACACCGUGACUGGGAUUUGCAGCGACUGGCAGCUGGAAGGAGUAGAAGUUCAACUGGACGUCAGGAAACCAGUCCUGAGUACAGAGAGAGAGAAAUUUAGGGCACAGGAGGAACAGCCAUGGAGUGUUUGAGAACUUCACCAGGCAAUUCCUGGAUUUAUCCCACCGUGAUCCUCUGUUUAUUUGGAUUUUUCUCCAUGAUGAGACCCUCAGAACCAUUUCUUAUCCCAUAUUUAUCUGGACCAAGUAAAAACCUGACCAGCACAGAGAUCACCAAUGAGAUCCUUCCUGUUUGGACCUACUCUUACCUGGUGCUGCUGCUCCCGGUGUUUGUCCUCACGGAUUACGUGCGCUACAAGCCGGUCAUCGUCUUACAGGGGCUAAGCUUCAUCGUCACCUGGCUGCUGCUGCUGUUUGGCCAAGGAGUGAAGGUCAUGCAGCUGGUCGAGUGCGUCUAUGGUUUGGUGUCGGCCACCGAGGUGGCCUACUACGCCUACAUAUACAGCGUGGUCAGCCCAGAGCACUACCAGAAGGUGAGCGGCUACUGUCGCAGUGCCACGCUGGUGGCCUACACGGCGGCCUCGGUGCUGGCCCAGCUCCUGGUCUCCCUGGCAAACGUGUCCUACUUUGACCUCAACGUCAUCACCUUGGCCUCCGUCUCCCUGGCCUUCUUUUUCUCACUCUUUCUACCAAUGCCGAAGAAGAGCAUGUUUUUCCAUGCAAAACCCAGCAAAGGAGCUCCGCAGAAGACACCAGGACAGGCCGCUGUCCUAGAAGAAGCCGGUAGGAGUCAGGAGGCCGCCCGUCAAGAAUCAGGCACCCUUUCCCGGCAUCUGGAGGAGAGCCAGCCCAGCAGCCCGAAGCCAGGAAACAAGGCUUUGAGGAUCUGUGUGCAGUGGUUCCAGGAUUUGCGGGAGUGCUACUCCUCAAAGCGUCUUUUCUACUGGUCCCUGUGGUGGGCUUUUUCCACCGCAGGUUUUAACCAGGUUUUGAACUAUGUGCAGAUCCUGUGGGUCGACAAGGCCCCCUCCCAAGAUUCCUCAGUCUACAAUGGAGCAGUAGAAGCUAUUGCAACAUUUGGAGGGGCCCUGACUGCCUUCGCAGUGGGUUAUGUGAAAGUCAACUGGGAUCUGCUGGGAGAGCUGGCUCUGGCCAUCUUCUCCACUGUCAGCGCAGGGUCUCUGCUCCUCAUGUACUACACGCCCAGCAUCUGGGCAUGCUACGCUGGCUAUUUGUUGUUCAAGUCCAGCUAUAUGCUUCUUAUAACCAUAGCAGUAUUUCAGAUCGCAGUGAACCUUAGCGUGGAGCGCUAUGCCCUGGUGUUCGGAAUGAACACCUUUAUUGCCUUGGUGAUUCAGACUGUCAUGACUGUGAUUGUGGUGGAUCAGAGAGGGCUCAACCUGCAAGUCAGCACGCAGUUUUUAGUUUACGGGAGCUACUUUGCAGUCAUUGCUGGAAUUUUCCUAAUGAGAAGCAUAUACAUUCUCUACUCUGCCAAAUGCAAAAAGGAAGUACAGAGUCCAACUCAGCCACAUCCAGAAGAGCCCAGUAGCAACGUCAUGGCAACCAAGUUCUGACCUUAUUAGAUCAACUGUGAUGGUUUUCAAAUCGGUGAAUGGGAAGGCAGGAUUCUGAGAAGGCUAGCUUGAGAUGUGUCGCCACACGUGGACUCCAGUGAGUCUUUCCAAAACCACAACAAAGCCUCAGCUUUAGAGCAGAUGUCUGUGAGCCCAGCUGAGAUGUGUGUAGUCAGCAGGACUCAUCCCAGAUGAACAGCCCAUGUUGGGGACUCCCUUGAAUAGCAAUAACUGGAAAUUCUAGUUCCAGUCACUUAGAAGAAUGUGCAAACAGCAUGGAAACAAGCCCCAAGGCAACACCAGCCACCUUGGAUUGAUGUUCCCCCUAGUGAGCAGACAUACUAACCGUGCUGACCCUGUGGCUUGGCUUGAAUGCGUAUCAGAUCUAGGUCGGCAACACCUGGGACAUUCUUGGUCCCCUGAACCAUUUUUCUUCCUUCUCCUGUAAGUGUAUCUCUGUUUUAAUUUUGCAGUUCUCUGAGAGAAUAACAAGAUUUGGUCCCAUUUCUAGGGGCUACUCUUCAAUUCUGAAAACAGCAUUAUUCAUGAGCUAUGAUUUGGUAUUUUUGCCAUUUUCAUUUUUUUCAUGAUUAUUUUUCAUUUUGUGCUCUGCUGAGCUUUGUGUUGAAACUACCUCAGGAAUAGCUCCAGAUACCCCUGCUUGUCCAGAGCAAGACAAUCACAUCAAUUCUCAGUGACCUGGGAGAGGCAGCGAGCCUCCUCCCCGUCAUGAUCCCAGAGAGGUGUAAUGCUGCAUCAGUGCGAUAUCUAAAAUAGAACACCGUGCAAGGAAUUUCCAGGGGUUUCUAACAGUAUUUAU